CUGCUUGACAAGCAGCGUUAUAAGAAAAGUGGACCCUGAAGCAAUGUGAUAUGAAGAUACAACAUUUCUAGUAAAUUCAUCUUUAUUGUAAUCCCCACAAGAUGAGAGUAAAUUAUUCAUAUUUCUCAUAUAUGGGCAAAAAAGGAGCAAGGCAAAGAUUUGGCUGUGUGACCUUCAGUAAUGCCAAGAAGAGACUCCUUCACUUUGCAUCUUGUUUGAGUGUGUGUGCAGUGAUUUUCCUAAUCUAUUGACGACUUAUGCAGAGUUUUUCUGGAGUAAGCUCCCUGAUUUUCAUGUCACAGAAGGAAGUGACCUUGUUAUAAGUUGCUGUUUCUGCCAAGGCUUCUUCAGCACUAUGUGUUUCAGCCCUUUGUAAUACAAUUGCUAAAGACAUGAUUUUCAGAACCUCUAUCUUUUUGUGGAUUACAGUUGGAUUUCUGUCUCUAUCUGUAAAGUCUAAGGCCUGUGAAAGUGAUGGCUUCCCUUCCCUUUGUGAUUUUGUCCUCAAAGAAGUCUGUUUUGACUUGGUUUGGGAAUCCAGAACCUGGUCUGAGGCAAGGAGCAGCUGUGAACAGCCAGGAGGGACGCUUCUGAAUGUGCUGAACAACGAAAUCAAAAUCCUCUUGAAGAAUACCCCACAAGAGAGAAGUGUAAGCAAUUUUACAUUUUGGGUUGGAAAGGAAAUCCAAGAAAAGGAACUUAACAAAGGUAAGUAACAUAAGAUGUUUUUGUUUGUUUGUUUUGUUAAAGUAAUUUUUAUGGGGGGGCUUGUUAUCUUGGAAAUGGAGACCAAAUCCAUUCACAGGUCUUACAUACCAAGUGGAGUCCAGACAAAAGAGUUGAUAAAACAAAGAAACAGAAAUGUUCGCUCUCAUUGAACAGCUUUAUCUGUGUGGCCCUUGUUUUUGAUAAAUAUAUCUUAGAGAAAGGGACAAAAUAUCAAAUAUGAGCUUGAAAAUUCACUGGAGUAACAUUUAAGUGUUUGGGUUCUGGGUUUAUUCGUUAACAAGUCAAAUAUAAACUGUGUAAAUGUUAGUGUUUUCCAUAAUUUAAUCCAGCAGAGGGAGAAAAACAAAAAAGUGCUCCAGUGUUAAAUGUUGUCAAAAUACAAAUAGAGCGAUAAGAUAAGAUAAGAUAAGAAAACUGCUGUUAACUUCUUGUUGGCAAAAGGCAGAAAUUUGUUUUUUGGUUUGCAUGUAUGAAUGUACGCCAUAGAAAAACAAGAAAACAUUUCAUAAUCAAAAAGGAACACAUAACACAGGAAGACGAAUGUUAAACCAAUAAGCUCGUCUAAAUACAACAUUCCUAAUAGAACACAGACACAAUUUAGCUACAACGACAAUUAAUUAAACAGAACCAACACAACCACUGGAAGUGACGCUUUUAACUAUGCAGUCUCUUGAAUUUUACCUCAAAUACCUCUGCAAAGGCUUCAUGUAAACUGAGCCCUUUAAACAGCAGACACAAUUGUUUUUUGACAUACGCAUUAUAAACAAAGAACUAAUAUUCAACAGCGAAACAUUUGUGGUAUACUUCUUAAAACUGAUGAUUUGCUCAAUUUUUAUUUAUUUAUUUAUUUUGAAUAAAAAAUGAACAAGUUUGGCUUUCUGUUGUUCGGAGUUUCAAUCUUAAUAGUCUAUCUCUUCUUAGUCAACAAUAAUGUCUGCGCAGCUUCCCAAAAGCUAGCUUUUCACGUUUGGUCAACUUGGCUGAUGUGUACCCGUGUUUCUGUUUGAUACAGAAAGUACGGAUGUCUCAAAGGAAAACUGCACAUACAUGAAGCUGAAACCUCUGCAGCUCAUCAGCACAUCUGACUGCAACCAGCCACGAGGCUUCCUCUGCACCCACAGUACGCAACAACACAACACUCAGUUCUUCCUUUUUCUCCUCUUCUUCAUCCCUCUCAGCACAACUGAGAUAAUUUUAUCCCAAUUUAUUCUCUGUUUUUGAACAUGCUGCGCUAAAAGUGUCAUUCUUUUUUCAAAGGUUUGUGGUCUUCAAGGUCCACAAAGGCAAGGGUCAUAUUUCUCAUUCAGAAGACAUACAAAUGUGCAAAGUGAAUUUCAUACAUUCAUAUAAUUUUUCAUAUAUAUUUAAUUUUUUUUUUCUAGAGGACAAGUUUGUCUGCCCAUGCAACCAGAUCUCGUAAGUUAGAUUCUAAACAUGUGUCUCUGGUGAUUUCCAUUAACCAUGACUAAAAUAAACCCAAUAAACAAAUUGUUUUCAGGGCUCAAAAGGAGCACCAUUGAAACCAUUUAUGAUUCCCUCAAGGUGAGAGUUGCCCCACAAAAGUUCUAAAAAGAACAUUUAACUCAUAACAGUUGCUGUCUUUUUCUUUUUGUUAUCUUUACCUCAAAUUUACCUCUUUUUAAAAAAACUAAAACAGAGAGCUGAAGAAGAACUUGAACGGAUGGAGCAGACACCAUUGGAGCCAACACAUACUAAGAGGGUGAGGAUUCUCACUCUGGAAAGCUCAAUAAAUGAUUAAAAAAUUGUAUGGCUUUUCUAUAGGGAAUCCCAUGAAUGAAUGAUGUGUUUUUUCCUUCCACAGGAUGAGUUCAUUGAAACUUUGUUGGAGACCACACAAAGUCUGACAGAGGAUAUUGUUUUAAUGGACAGAAACAUAACUAAUCACAUAUUAAACUGUAGUUCUGCCAUCCUCUCCCUAUCAAUGACAAGAUGUGAUGUCCAGUCAAACCCAAACCCUCAAGUGAGAUCAAAUGAUUUUAUAACUGCGACAUUUCUAAGCAAUCAUACUAAAUUUUCUGUCAGUUGUGUGAGGCAUCAUUUUGUUUCCUUUUUUACAGUCUCUGUUUGAGCAGGUCUUUGAGAUAUUUCGCUUAAUCUCUCUGCUUUUGGGUAAAACCACUCCGGGGCCGCUAACCGUAAAGCACCCAACAGGUACUCUCUAUCAGAACCGGUAGGUACUUUUUGUCUCAGUAUCACUCAUAACGCAUUUUACAUUGUUGUCUUUUGACCGAGUACACAUGCUUGAAUAUAAGCAUAUAUAUGCCAGGACUUGAUUAAAUUCCAAUUUCCAUUUUUGCCCCCAAAGUUACAAACCUGCUGACCUCAGUAACACAGUGCUAGGCUCAAAGGAACGUGGCGAGUAUGUCAGAUUCUCUUCAUUUGAAGCAAUGAAGCCUCAGAUUGGAGCGUACAGCACUGUCAUCGCUCAGGUUUGUUUGCUCUCAGCAGCAUGUGUGCCCUUUUUUGGUCGUCAUCUACAACCUGUUUGACAGAACUUUUUCUCUUCUCAGUUGACGACAUUCUCAAAGAAUCCCCAUCCGUCAGAUGAGAACAUCUCAGGGCCGGUUUUCAGCGUCAUACUGAGCGAUGGAGACUCAGACAUAAAGCUGGCAAAUCUAACAGAGAUGAUAGAGGUACAAAAUAAGGGGACAGGGACAGGAAAACAUUAUGUUUGCAGACUGUCCCAUACACAGGACAGAAUGUUCUGCAAGGUUAUUGCGCUCUACAGCCUCUGGUCACCAUUGCAAAUUGGCGUACAUUUUCUUUAAUGUUACAUUAAGGACAAAAACAGUCAUAAGCAGUAAAUAAACAACUAAAGAUAAUUGUUAAAAUCAGACCAUGUUUACAGGUUUUUCAAAAAGUUGAAUAUUUCAUAAGAUGCUGUCAGACAACAGCUUCCUUGACCUCUGAACCAAUGACUAGCAAAUUCAGUUAGAAAAGCAGGCAUCACAUAACAGGCGAGGUUGAGAGGAAACAUGUUCAUACAUGUGUCAUUGUAGGCAUUUAAGCUAGUACAGGCUUUCAAAUGGUAAUUUAAAAUCUUCAGAGAUAUAUUUUUCAAACCCUUCAUUCAUGUAUGAAUGAAGUGGCAGGAUGAAGCAGGAUGGAUACAGUAGGAUGGAUACAGUAGGUUCCUCUGGAUUGCUGCUGCAGAUGUUUUGCUGCCUGUCUGCUCUCCAGCUGCUUUAAGUAUGUGCAUCAGUCUCACCUCUGUCCAUCUCUCUCUCUCUGCAUCUCCCUCUAUCCCCUCUCUAAACCCAAUGCAGUCGUUUGCAGCAGAUGACUGUCUAAACAUGAGUCUGGUUCUGCUCAAGGCUUCUUCCUGUUAAAAGAGAGUUUUUCCUCACCACUUUAAAAGGCUAAAUGCUACAAAGUGUGGCGCUCAUGUGGUUGAAAAUGGGAUGGAAGUGGGUCUGAUCUUACAGGAUUGGAGCUCAAUCUUUACAUUGGGUGUUUGUAAAAAAGUAUGGCCUAGACCAGAUUUUUUGUUAAGCAUCUUGGGAUAACACUUUUUGUGAAUUGGCACUCUAAAAAUGAGGAUUAAAUUAUGUCUGAACAGUAUAAAUACCUGUUAGUAUCUUUUACCACACACAAAGCAUUUUUGUCAAUACUUUAAAGAUACCAAACUUUUUGGCUACAGGCUUAAGUCCUUUGAGAUCCUUAAUUUGAUACGAUAUGAAACGAAAAGCUUCAUUUUCCUGACACUGAAUAUUUUCCCUUUGACUGUUAAAUUGACAUAUCUUUCUUAUUCUGUGUUCUCUAGAUCGUUAUACCUCGCUCAGCUGCUCCAUCAGACACAAAUAACUCUGUUGUUCUGGAGGAAAACAAAAUAGCGCUGAACAAACUCAACAUCUCAGACCCAUACAUGACCAUCUUCUUCACUGUGAAGCCAAACUAUGAUGUGUCAUUAGCUGUCAUGCUGGCUUACCGCUCACCGCCCAACAGUACCCACUUUAGCAACCAAACCGUCUUGACAAAAACGGGUACCCAUCACUACACAUGCAUCUUUCUAUGGCUACACACAAAAACCACAGAUUUCUUGUUAAAUUUGACAAAUAUAUGCUUCAUACUUUAUUGCAAAAAGAUUACAUAUUCAGGUAAGAAUGGUGAUUGCACUUUGUUGUGACAGGAGGCUACCGCUGGAUUAUAACACCAGAGAUGUUGCGAGGCAGAUCUGGAAUCUGGUUUGUGGAGUUGAGACUCUUCAACUCCACUUGGGUGCCAGGGCUGACACUGGAUAUCUCUUCUUUUAUGAGCAAGUGUAUGUUCUGGGACAAAGAACCGAUGAAAUGGAGCAGUGAUGGCUGCCAGGUGAGUUUCUCCCAGGAAGAUAUCUGAAUAAAAAGCUUGCUGUUUCUCUGCAUGUUAAAUAUUUACACUCUUUGUUUCAGGUGGGAGAGAAAAGCUCUGUAUCUCAAACCCAGUGUCUGUGCAACCACCUCACUCUCUUUGGGAGCUCCUUCUUUGUGAUGCCGAAUGAUGUGGACGUUUCUCGCACAGCAGAGCUGUUUGCUACUGUGACUGAAAACUACGUGGUGCUGGCGCUGCUGUGUGCUUUCUUUGGCCUUUAUUUGGUCACCCUGCUGUGGGCCUGCUAUGCUGACCGCAGGGCACGCUUUAAGGUCAGCCCCCCAAGACAGCUCCUUUUGCAAAUAUUUUUAUACUUUUACAGUUUCAAGUGUUUUAUCAACCAAAAGUACAACUUCUACUGCAGUGCAUGAGUGAAGUUAUUUCCUGCUAGCACAUUCACCACUGUGCUUUACGUUCUGAACUAUCAGAGGAAGAUGACUCUGCUUGAAGACUGUCACCCAGGAGCUCUGUACAACUAUCUGAUCAGUGUCCAAACAGGCAAUCGCAAGAAUGCUGGGACUACAGCCAAUGUAAGAGUCUCCUUUCUUUGACUGAAUAAGGGUUGAAUCUGUUUUAGUUUUAAAGUAAAGGCUCUCUUUGUGUCUUUGCCCAUAGACUACAGUGUUUUAGAUAGCCGGAUAGCCUUUACCUGAGAGCAACAAGCAACAUUGUUAUUCCAUUUCAAGAUCAUCCCCGAUAGACAGGAUCAUUGUGUUAAGGGCCUGGCCUUAAAGAGGUCAAAAGAGCUCCAGCAGCACUUGUAGUUCAGGAAAACAGCUUUAUUCGACUGAUGCCUUUCAGCUUGUGGCCUUCGACAGGGUCAUCAUAUGAUGCUGGAGCUCUCUUGACCUCUUUAAGACCCUUUUUCUCCAAGCACCUUGGAAGUCGGUGAAGUUGUGCCAGAAUUUUUGUCCUCUGUAAGGGCCUGGCCUAAAAUAAGAGUAAUAUGGGAACUCUGCAAAAUAAAAAAAGGAUCUUCCAUUUAGACUUGAAUACAUCGUAAUGCAACAAUUUACAAUAAAAAGUACUUUAUAGACAUGCAAUGGCUGAUAUUUGAAUACAUUGGCUUUUGCAGAAAACGGUUAGUUCUGAAAAAAGAAAAAAAUCUUUUACCUGUAAAUGGAAAUAUUAUGAAACAUGUUCAUGUCCAAAGCAGCAUAAUUAAAGAAAUAUACAACUUUAAUUGUAACAAAAACAAAAUUAUCAUCAGAUUUUAUUCUAUUUUAGAUUAACAAACAUUGUUUUUUUCAAUAUAUCUGGGAGAUUCGAGAAAAAGUCUGGGGAGAAUGAAAAAUGCCCAGGUUUUUCUACAUCUUAAGUUUGCUCGAUGGUGAGAAGGGUAAAAAAAAUUGAUGGCAGCAGCUCUGUGAAAAAAACCACACCGAGUGCUAAAUGAUGCACAUACUAAGGUGUGGUUCUUCACACUGUGACAGAUGUGUGAACCCAGUUUCAUUGUUGCGUUGUGCUGUCCUUUAGGUGACUGUGAAGCUGAUUGGCUCGGAGGGAGAGAGUGAGACGCAUAACCUCACAGAUCCUGACAAGCUUGUGUUUGAGAGAGGAUCAGUCGAUGUGUUCGUGCUCGCCACGCCCUUCCCACUCGGCGAAGUGCGAAGCAUCAGGCUGCAGCACAACAACGCUGGAGGUCACCCAUCAUGGUACUGCUUAAAGCUGAGAAUGAGCUCAGCUUAUUGCAGUAGCAAUCAAUGCAAUGAGUACCAUGAAGUGAUUCAUAGUUAUUUGGGAUCCGAAGAAAAUAGAUCCAGUAUGGUCACUGAUACAUGUGGAGAUUUUGCUGUCUUAUUUGAAGUGACACUUCCUGUCACCUCAGCAGUACCUUGUUAUCACUUCCCAUUUACUGCUGCUAUGAGCAAACAUACAGACAGUGAUUGAUGAAGAGUAGAUAUCAAAUAUAAUGUAUAGAAAUUAGACUGUUAAGGAAUAAAACAUCAGGUUAUCUACUCAGAAAACACUGAAUAUAAAGUGGUUUGAUUCACAAUAUUCCAGUGGCUCAUAUUCCAACAACAUUUUUCAAUAAAGAAAGAAAUCUCUGCAGUGAAAAGGAAUUUCAAGGUUAAAAUGCGCAUGAUGAAAGAAUGAAUAAACACAUUUAUGUUCCUUUCAGGUUCCGACAGCUCGCUAGCUAAGAAUGAUUGUAUUUCCCAUCUGAAUAAUCAUAAUACUUUUUCUUUUAUGAAAUUCUUUUUGAAAAAGGUACAUAAACAGGGUGACCAUCCAAGACCUGCAAACACGUCAUGUGUGGCACUACCUGUGUGGCUGCUGGCUUAGUGCUGACCGUGGAGACGGCUUGACCAAGAAAACUUUCAAUGCUGCCAAGAACAACGAGAUUGCCAGCUUCAGGUCAGAGUUGGUGCAGUUGCAUUGCUGGUUCAGAUUUCUUUUUAAAAGAUCCUAAUAAAUGAUUUGUUACUUUCUUUUCUCUGUCAGGGAUAUUUUCCAGAGCAGAACAUCAACUGGCUUCAGGGAUGAACAUAUCUGGGUGUCCAUUGUGGAUCCUCCCUCACGUAGUCCUUUCACUCGUGCUCAGAGGGUGUCUUGCUGCAUGAGUCUACUUCUCUGCACCAUGGCUAUCAACAUCGCUUUCUGGAACCUUCCUGUAGAUGAAGCCUCACCUGUCGUCUUUUCUAUGGGUGAACUCCACCUCUGAUCAUCUGUUUCCUAUAACCUUCUUGUCAAAUCUUAAUUCAGAAAGAAAAAGUGCUCUUAAUGUCAAUGUAAAUGCCAGCUGUUACCUCAAUCUGCAUGCUGUGUGAUUCUGGGCAGCAACAGUGAGCUUUUGGAGGUCUAAAGAAAGCCUCGACUUGUCAUAAAUCAUCAUCACUGAAACUGUUUAAAAUGUAUUAAUGCUUUUUCCCUCCUUCUUUUCUUAUAACUGCAGGUUCAAUGAAUAUCACCUGGCAGGAGAUCAUGGUGGGGAUACAGAGCGGCCUUCUCAUGUUUCCAAUCAACAUCCUCAUUAUCACCAUCUUCCGCAGCAUCAAACCCCGAAUCAGUUCAAAACCGAAGAAAGAGGAGUCAGAGGAGGACAUGAAACCUCCCGCUUUUCAAGCAACAGAUAUUCUAAAGGUGAGUAUUGAAAUAUCUCAAUCCUUUUGGAUAUGACUCAAGCAUUGUUCUGUUUGAAUUUAAAGCAGGUACAAUAUUCUUCAUUCCUGCUCAUAUGAGCUCAAAUAGACGUGGUUUAUGUAGGGUUUUACAUGAUUGUUGUUUUGGGAUUGCCUUUGGAAGACCUUUUAUGUUGAUAACUAUGCAACCUAUUUGUAUCUUUGCUUUUACAUGUGAUCCAAAAGCAUACAUGUACUAUGUCAUCUAUCUUUUCUAGGACAUAGAAGAGGUAAUCUCUCUGUUGAGCAAAUGUCCAAGAAACAACAUAUCAAUGGUUGGCGCAUUGGAGUGCAGCGCUGAUCUCUGUCCUGCCUUACAAAGAGUGCAUGAAUUCAUCCAUCUCAUGCAAGGUAAGUCCUCCUUUAAUCUUUCAAGCAAAGUAGCAUUGAUAACCCACAAAAAAAACCUGACAAAAAUAAUGUGACAUUUGAAGGCAGUCAGAGCAGUGUGAUGAUGACCACAAGUUUUGAAAUGACUGAUCUGCUUGUAAUCCUGUCAAAGGUGAGAGCGAGAGCAACCCUCACUGGGUUCACUGCAGCCAGUUCCUGCUGGCUGGUCUCUGCCACCUUGUCAUGUGUCUGGAGAAACUGGAUAGCAACAACUUUCUGAAUCCGUACAACUACAAUCAGACUCUUGACAUGGCUUACCAUCUAGUGCGCAAGGCUGAGAUGGUCUUCUCCAGCCACGUUGCUUCCUGGUCAGAACUACAGUUUGCAAAAUGGACAAAAAUAACAGAUCCACUCUUCUAACAAAUGAUUCUGACAUUUUAUUUUCUUGUUUUCCUUUUCCUCUAAUUCCCCCCCCCCUUUCUUUCACAAAGUCCACCCCCUGUAAAAAUACAGAAGAAGAGGAGAUCAGGGGGCUGCUGGCUGCCCUGGUGGUUUGUGUUCCUGGGUUGGUUCCUGUUACUGUCCAUCAGUGGAGUGUCCACUUUCUUCACCCUGCUGUAUGGCUUUGAGUAUGGCAGAGAAAAGUCCAUCAAGUGGGUCAUGUCUCUGGGCCUCUCUCUCUUUCAGAGCAUCUUCAUACUGCAGCCUCUGAAGGUUUGUAAAGAUGGGGAAACUUGAGCUGAAUGACGUAAAUUUGCACAUAAUCUACUAAACCAGCAUCUAAAACACAGAUUAUUUGCUCAUUUUAGAAAAGAAAAACACAUAAUACAUGACAUGUUUUGUCAAAUAAUCUGGACUUUUUUCUACAGGUGAUAGGCAUUGCUGUGUUUUUUGCCCUGCUGUUAAAACCCGUGGCUGUGGAGGAGUCUGAAGAAGUUGAGCAAGUGCUUUUAGGUAAAAACUGAAAAAAGUCUAUCCAUUACUGAGUACAAGUUUGAGCUGUAGGGUAUCCUAUUAUUGAACAACUGUCAGCUCAAAAAAUACAGGUCUUUUACACAUGACAUGACAGAAACACUAAAGCUGUUGAGUCCAAACUUUCUUUUCAUAAAUCACAAAGCAGACUGAGGAACAGUUUUUUUUUUUGUUGUUUUCAGGUUGACUUCAGAGAGCUUUUAGAUAAAGAUGUGCAUCAUAGACAACCAUCAACUGAUGACCCUUUUUGUUUUCCAGGAAUUUUUUCAGUGCAUCUUCUCUCAGUUUAAGUGCUGCGAGACUUACUGCCCUGUCUUCUCCUUUUAACAGUGCAACAAGAAAAGUGUAGACGCUACACCGGCAGAGCCACACUGUGAGAAAACUGCAGGAAGAGUGUCUUCUCCAACAUGUACAGCAGAACCCUUAGUCCCUAAAAACCCCUUAUUUGCACUUAUUUGGAGCUAAAAUUGUGCUUAAUACAAACUGGUAUUUGUAUGUGUACAGAACAUCCACUGUCCAAGACAGUUUCCUGAAUUCAGUUGUGUUAUUUAAAUUGCGCCAUGCUUGCAUGUGAAAGAGUUAGAUUUACCAUCCAAUCAUUGACUUUCCAUGUUAAAGCAUAUAAAAAGAAUAAAUCUAGUUCCCAGUUAUGUCAAGGUUUUUUUUUUACUUUACUUUUUACUUAAAUAAGCAGCUCGUCAUUUACAGACUAACUGCCACAGUCUGUCCUCCUGAUACAAUAGUAAUUUAGAUUAUUUAU